GAGUCGGGUUACAAACUCCUGUAACCGAUCUCAGCAGGGAGAGAAGAAACAGUUUUUCAAUUAUUUACACACCAGUACCUGAUACAAAAUACAGUUACAUGGAAGACAACGGAGAAUAGCCUUUUUCUAGAGUAAAGACGAAGAACCGACUCAUGGUGAUGUUCAUGGACUUGCUAUGGGUUGCCAUAAUGAAGACUCGAGAUUUUGCCUAGAUUAAAUUGUCAAAUUGUAGCAGUGUAAUCCGCGGUCACUUUACUCACCCUCCGCAUCCGGUUUGAUUUGAACGAAAGACGUCAUUAUGGACUCCUUCAGUACUAAGAGCCUGGCCCUUCAGGCCCAGAAGAAGCUGAUGAGCAAGAUGGCCACCAAGAGCAUGGCUAACCUCUUCAUCGACGACACCAGCAGCGAGGUUCUGGACGAGCUCUACCGCGUCACCAAGGAGUACACGCGCAACCGCAAGGAGGCCCAGAAGAUCAUCAAGAACCUCAUCAAGAUGGUGGUGAAGCUGGGUGUCCUCUACCGCAACAACCAGUUCAGCGGGGAGGAGCUGGUGCUGGUUGAGAGCUUCAGGAAGAAGGUCCACACACUGGCUAUGACGGCUGUCAGCUUUCACCAGAUCGAGUUCACAUUCGACCGGCGCGUGAUGAGCGCCAUCCUGAAUGAGUGCCGCGAGCUGCUGCACCAGGCCAUCAACCGCCACCUGACGGCCAAGAGCCACUCACGGGUCAACCACGUGUUCAACCACUUUGCCGACUGUGACUUCCUCGCGGCGCUCUACGGGCCGUCCGAGGUGUACCGCGGCCACCUGCAGAGGAUCUGUGAUGGUGUCAACAAGAUGCUGGACGAGGGCAACCUUUGACCCCCCCCUCUCCCCUCUCCCCAGGACCUUUUGACCCCUCCCACUUUAACUUUUUGAGGCCUUACCUGGUGGUGUGAAAUUCACCACGGUGUUGCCUUAUUGGCUAGUGUUGUUUUUUUAAGAGACAAAUGUUAUGCAUAUUAUAUGUGGACAUUUGACUUUUUCUUGUGUGUUUUUUUUUGUGUGCCCUACCGACAUUACUGUACAACACUAACAGAUUCUCCAGGCUAGUUAGUCUAAAGUUUCUUCUACGUUUCUUCUUUAUUUAAAGGAAAAACAUGGACCUCUCCAGUGAAUGUAGAACACAAGCUCUUGUCAAUCAUUUCCGGACCGAGUACUUCACCAGUGCUUUGGAACUGUCUUUUUUUCCUAUUUAGACCAAGGGGUGUCUGUACCCCUGGUAACAAGGCAUGACUCCAACCACAGCCUAAAGGUCAUGUGUGUGAGUGGUGAAUUGAAUGGGCUAAAAUGCUUUUAUAGCAAGAGAAAGAGGACAAUAGUAGAUUUUAACCUACUUCAGGACAACUAUAAGGGACUCUGUAUUUAGAGACAGGAGUGCUACCUGAGGUUAAACAAGCCCUGUAGUUUGUUUUUAAUAAUUAACAUUCUAGUAAAAAAAACAUGAGCUGACACACACCCACAAAUAUUUGUAGAGGUGUUACUUGUUAACAUAACAGACCAAUAAUCCAGGUUCAGCAUCACUUUAACGCUCAUACCACCAUCCACAUGGCCUCCAUAUCCUAAGGAAGUCUGCACUGUGUUUGGAUCAAAAUACCUGUAAAGCCUGCUUUGGCCCUAAUGACCUGUUUUUAUUACAACCACACCAAAGUGUGUGUAAUUUGGGUCAUGGGGGCUAUAAACAUGGAGGGAGUUGAUUGUGCUGUGAGUCCUUAUUGUCACUGAGCUGCUGACUCAUCAGCUCUUUAACCUCAUCUGAGCUGUACUGAACCCACCGCCCAGCAAACACUUUGAUUUCUGUAAAUGACUUCUCUGCACAGGCGAGAUAGACUCUCCAUGUACAGUCAUGUCAAUGUUAAUGACUGUAGGAUAUGGGAAAGGGAAGUAGCUUCCUACAUGAGAGGUUGUCUUUGUUGGUGAGAUCACAUAACAUAGGGAGAGACAGGGUGUUCUAGAUUAGAGCAGAGACUAAAACAAUACCUGAUUGUACCUUCCAUGAUUCCAUAUAAUUAAUCCCUUACUCUGUGCCAAUAAUAGACUACAUACAGAUAAUCCACUUCACUCUAACACCCCAGCCCCAUUUAAUGUGAUUUAGAUCCCCAUCUCUGCUUGAUGCAAGUCCUAUUUGGGAGUGAAGUUUUUUGUAUUUUUUUUAUGAACAAUUUAAAUUGUUAUUUAGAAUGUUAUAUACUACUAUCCUGCACAUAAUGGAUUUUCUUUUUCUUUAUCUUGGCCUAUCUCUGCGUGUUUGUAUGGCUGAGCUUGUCUAGGAGACUGUUUGCGCUGUGGCCUCCUUUAGUAUUCUCAGUGACAGUGUAAACCUGUGAGGAGCUGCAGCAGAGAGUUGUAAUGAGUGCUGUGUUCUCCAGGAUCUACUGUCACUGAAACCUCCCUCUCCUGUACUGUAGCAGCUCUGCCAAAGCAAUCUCACAAUCGUGAAAAGGACCUUUCUAAAGGAACAUUACUAGGGAAAACAAUAUGCACAAGAUGAUGAUGAUGGUAAUGAAUGUCAUGUUUUCAAAUGUUACAUUCCAUUUUUUUCGGGACUUUUAUGUUGUCUCCAUUUGACUUAAUCCUCCUAUGUCUGGGGGAGUUGUAGUAAGUGAAUGCUCACAGGACCAGAACAUUGAAGUCCCAGAAUACUUAAGCUAGUUCAGUACUUAAAUGUCAAAGAUUCCAUUCUUUCCAGUCUCAACACUUCUCAGGGUUAAGUCUCAGAGCUUGUACUCAUGAAAAACUUCAUGAAACAAUUGGACCAAUUCACUGAACAAGUCUUUUAAGUCAUGUUGUAUUUUUACAGUUGGAUUGUGAAGUAUGUAUUAUUAUUUUUUUGAUCUUUCAUUUAUACGUUGAUGUACAUGUUGUUUUAGUGUCCCUUCACCCUCUACUAGAUAUGACAAAUAUAAAUGAAUACUCUUUUUUUAAAUCAA